AUGAGAAAAAACCAAAAUACACAGCCAGCAAUAGGAGAGGAAAUAGCAUUUCUGAAAGAUAAAAAGAGGGAAAGUGUCCUAAUGAGUGAAAAGAGAAAAAGCGUUCAAAAGACAAAAACUUGGAGAAGCGAAAUGGUCCAAGGUUUUUAUGGAAGAAAAAAGAGAGGGGGAUAUAAAGGGUACGCUGAUCAAAAAACAAAGGAAAUGCCAAAGACAGCUGGAAAGCCCGCCAAGACGAACAAAGCAAAAGUCGAGAAAAAACCAAAGAAGGAGAAAAAGACGAAAGACCCAAACAAGCCCAAGAAACCACAGACCGCCUAUAUGCUCUAUCUUAAUGAGCAUAGAGCCGAGAUUAAAGAGAAGUUCCCAGACAUGAAAGUUACAGAAGUAGCCAAGAAGGCUGGCGAAAACUGGAAAGCCAUGGGCGAAGAAGACAAAAAGCCAUAUCAAGACAAGGCUGAUAAAGCCAAAGAAACUUGGAAGACUGAAAUGAAGAAAUAUGAAGAGAAAAAGGAUGGGAGUGCUGAAGAGGAAGAAGGUGAAGAAGAUGACGAAUAA